AUGUGGUCACAAGAUGUCGCUUCAAGACCAGUGGCUGCUGUUGAGACUCAAGGCACUUCACCCUUUGCUGUCCAUCAGGGAGACUUCGACUCUGCCAUGGACGAGUUUUUCAGGCUCAAUGGUGGCUGGCGACCGACAGAGUCCUGCACGCACUGUCCCCGAUUGUGUCUACAAUGCUUCAUUCUGCAGACUACAUCGGAUAACCCGGACCCCGUCAAGGCAUGUUCCAGCUGUGUAGCGCUAUUCCGUGAGUGCAGCUUGGCUGGUCCGGAGAAAAGGCAAGCCGCAACGUUCGAGACAGCCCAGCCGGUCAUCGGGCAGCUUCAUGGUGUGUACGAGGACGAGAACAUGGCUCAAGCAUCCAGUCUAAACUCUAGCAUGCACCCUGACAACAACGCAUCAGCAAAUCUGUUCGACGUUACGACGCUGAGCACAGGUAGCAAGAGAUCAAGCUCCCGGUCCCGCUUCAAAACUCGGCCGCUGAGGAUAUGGCUAGCUAACCACUCUGAUCAUCCAUAUCCUUCUGAACCAGAGAGGGACAUGCUUGUGCAUAUCACUGGUCUCAGCGAUACGCAAGUGUCAAAUUGGUUCAAAAAUGCUCGACGGCGGCAACGUCAAGCAGCUGGUACUGCACGGCAUAACAGCCGAAAGGUGUUCCGUGCAGGUUCGCCGAUGCCUCGCGCAACUGCGUCUGAAUCCACGCCAAUGGAAAGAUGGCGGAACAGUCCUCCGGAACAGGAGGCAGCUUCCAUAGGUGCCAUUGAGACUGCACUGGUCGAAUGGACAGGAUCUAGUCACGCCGCGAGUGCAACUGGCGAUGCUUGGGAUCCCAGUUCGGCCACUGCCAGCGUAGAUUCUAACUCAUCAGCGAGCAUGUGGCAUGCUUCAGAUUCAUCUAGUGCGGCCUCUUUGGCGUUCUCCAGAGCCUCUUCCAACUCAAGACCGACCAGUGCAAAUGGCAUCAGAAAACGUCAACGAGGCAAGCGUACGACAACAGCAUCGUGCAUACUACAUUGCACGUUCUGCUCCCGAACCUUCACCAAGAAGUCGGACUGGACACGUCGCGAGCGAAAUAUGCACCUACCAGAUCUUGACGCAUGGAUCUGUUCGGACCUGGUCAAACCCGACGAGAGUACAAUUGUAUGGACUAUCGGCUCAGCAAAACCACAAUGUACACCCUGCGGACAGCCUGAACCUGCUGAAGCUCACAUACAGACCCACGAUUUCGCGAGCCGUGCGGACAGAGUUCUAGCCGAGAGAAAGGUCUACCGCAAAGAUCAUCUCUGGCAGCACCUGACCAAGUUUCACCACUGCUCGAAAUGGGACGGCUGGACUCUCGAUUCCCGAAUCGAGAGUCUUCGUCAGCAGAUCGAUGCAGUGGAUAGCACAUGCGGCUUCUGUCAAUUGCAGUCGUACAGCUGGGAGGCUCGCAUCGAGCACAUUGUUCAGUACUUCCAAGACCAGAUAAACGACAUCUCACAAUGGCAAGGUGGAUAUGGGAUUCACGACCCUGGAGCUUCUUGGUGA